AUGGCUAGUAUGUUUGUUACAAGAGUGAUUCCAAGAGUUCCCAAAGUCCCAAUUCUUAUGCCUUGUAGGUUUUCUCGGCAAAGACUACCACCUGAAUACAGAAAGCAGUAUUUAGAAAAAAUAAGCAAUGAGGCUCUAGAUAAAUAUCGAAAAUCGGACUUUGUUGCGUAUCCUGCCCUAAAAACCCAAAGGUUAUGGGAAGUCCAACCACAAGAACCAAAAAAGGAGACGAAACGUCUGUAUCAAGAACUCGUACCACAUUUUAUUGACCCAAGAUACCGCGAUCGUCUACGUGAACGUCUUGAGCGUCAUGAAAUGAUGCUACGUCGUCGAAAUUUAGAUAUACCAGAGUUUUAUGUAGGGUCAGUUGUUGCCGUAAGGACUGCUGAUAAAUUUGCGCCAAACCAAUCACAUCGAUUCAUGGGUAUUUGUAUAGAACGCUUUAAUGAAGGUUUGUGGACGAAAUUUACUCUUCGUAACGUGAUUGAGAAAACAGCUGUUGAAAUUCAGUAUGAAUUAUAUAAUCCAACUAUUCAGUCAAUCGAAGUAUUAUUACUAGAGAAACGUCUAGAUCGUAACCUUUUGUAUUUACGUGAUGCUCCAUUGGAUGAAAGUCGAUUUCCAUUUGAUAUGUCACGUAUUCCGUAUAAUCCUUCUGAUCCUGUCCCAAUUAAUGAUAAGAAAGUAAAACUACUUCCGCCACCAUGGGCCUUCAAAUGGUAUCUACAUGGUUACCGUGGAAUACAUGACAGCAUGUUUGAUUAUUUAACUCCACAACAGUUAUCUGAAAUUCAAGACAAAAUAAAUCUUGUCGAUCGAUAUGAUUUGAUGAAAAUGUAUAGAUCACGAUUGUGCUUAGAAGAAGAACGAAUAGCUUUAGGUGAUGUUCAAAUUCAACAUCAGGAUCUUAUACGUCAUCAUGAACAACGUCGACAAGAGUUAAUCGACAAACACAAAGAAACCCGAAGGACUGAUAAAACUACUGCUCAUGGUGGUCGUUAA